AUGGGUUCUUUGGUGUCAAAUCUUUUCCUCCCAUUGCUUUUGACACUCUCUGCUUGCCCCGACUACAGGGUGGCCUUGGUAUCUUGGAUCCUGGCUAUGAAUACUCUUCCUCAAAACUUUGACAGAGUUGUACUCAACCUUUCCAGUUGUCUCAUCCUGCCGUUGUCUUCCAUGAUAUCCAGUAUGCCAUCUCACCCUCCAUAUCGAUCUGCUUGGCGUGAUUUGCGAGUCCAAUUUAUCUUCCUAUUCGCGACGGGUUGUCCAUUGACCUUCAGCCACUUCUGUCAGCCAAACUUCCCGGUCAGACCUGAUCCUGGCUCUCCACGUGCUCCUACCGUUCUGCCUGCUCCCAUCAACUGUCUGAUGCUCGUCCCAUCCACCCUCCUCUCAUCUUACAACAACUUUGCUCCUUCUGGUCUUUUGCCCUCCCUCACUGGGCUCAGAAUGUCUGGUUUCACAGGUUGCACAAUAAGCUUUCGUGCUGAGCACUUCUGUACCGCAUCAUGUCAUCCACCGUCUCUUCUCCUCUCUGCACUAUUUGCCAGGUGUCUAUCGAGACGCAAGAACAUUUUCUUCUUGCUUGCACUGGAAAAAAGUUUUAAGGUCAUCUAG